AUGAUGUUGGCUCCGCAACAUUUAAAAUACUUUGUAUUCUUUAUUUUGUCGAUACGAUGCGUUUUUGGCGAAGAAAAAUGGUAUGAUGCAUCAGAUGGAAGCAAAUAUUUGGUAAUCGAUGAGGACAAUUACAACUGGUUUGAGGCCCUAACUGCAUGUUCAACAAGAGGCUUGGGUUUGGUUAGUAUACGGAGUGAAGAAAAACAAAAUGCUCUAGUGGAAGUCUUGAAGAAAACGGGAAAAAUGUAUUAUUGGAUUGGUGCCUUGGGUACCUAUAGCACGGAUACUGGCCUUGUCUUCAAAUGGAUUAAUGAUGGCGAAGAAUUUGAUUACACUAACUGGGCACCGAAUGAGCCAAACGGCCGAGGUCAAGAAAAUUGUGUCCAUCUAGAUCGUUUCAAUUAUCGUUGGAACGAUAACAAUUGCCGAACAAAUAAAAAGGCAUUGGUAUGCGAGGAGCUACCCAGAGUUACAGAUAUGAAAAAAUAUAUUUCAGCUUUAGAGAGAUUUCUUGAUGAUUUUAUGGCUGAAGAAUUGUAA